ACUUUCCAGAUUGGGAAGAGAAACAGACGACGCUGUAUUUACAGAUUCAACAACACUCCGAUCUCCUCCACUCUGCGCCAAUGAAGGACGCCGAUACCUUACCUCUCAGCACUUCUUCCGCCGCGGCGUCGACGGGGAACGCCAAGAAGGAAAACGGUUACUCCGCGCUCUUCGCGAAAGGCCGGUACAAGUUCUGGGCCUUGGCCGCGAUUCUCCUCCUCGCUUUCUGGUCAAUGCUCACCGGCACGGUGAAUCUACGGUGGUCAGCGGGGAACAUAAGCCAUUUCACAGACGAUCUGGUCUUUCCGAUCCACGAGGAUCUCGACGUUCUCGAAAUGGAGGAGAGGGAGAAAGUGGUGAAGCACAUGUGGGAUGUGUAUAACAAUGGCCGUCGUAUCAGGUUGCCCAGGUUUUGGCAGGAGGCGUUCGAGGCUGCUUACGAGGAGCUUACCAGUGAUGUGCCUGAUGUGGUGGAAGCUGCCAUUUCGGAGAUCGCGAGGAUGUCUAUUCGCUCCGUAGUUAUAGAUCCGCCUCCGGUGCAUUCCACGAACGUACGGGAAUUGACAAAGACUCUGAAACUUGCGGACAAAGGAAGAACGACUCAAACAUCCAAACGAAGCAGCCGUCGAUUGAAGUAGGCUUCUUUGUGUGUUUUAUAAUACGCCGGAGCUUUAUCAAAGGUAGUGUAGUCGCCGGCCGGCGUGGGGUAACCAUACUUAUACUCAUGUCAGAAAGAUCACUCUUCUUCCUCCCCUCCAAAAAACUAUGUCCACGAUUAGUGUUAUUGUGGUCGGUUCCACUCGAGGAUGAAUCAUUUCGCUAAAAACAAAAAUUUUGAGAAACUUUCUUUUCUUUGGGCUUUGAAUGGUAAUGUUCCUUUUUAUUUGUUUUGGAUUUGAUUAUAAAUAUAUCUUUCUGCCAA